AUGUCGAAGCGGCCCGCCGCAUCUGUGGAGCCGCCGGCCGCGGCGGAUGCGGCCGCGCGACGUCGGCUGCGCGGCAAGCAGCCCUGCGCGGCCUAUGCAAUCGCAGUCGCGCCGGGGCCAGGGCCGCAGCCGCCCCGCGCUGUGCAGCGGCGCCCUGCCGGCACGACGAAUGAGUGCCGCGGGGUCCUGGAUCAGCCGUGUCGUUUUUCUACGGCCGACAUCGGGCGCCGGGCGCGCUACCACGACGCCAGCCGCCAAUGCCCCUGGUGCAAUCCGGCUUUGUUGCGGCAAGCGGCCGACACGAGUCAGGGUCGGGUGCGCCUCAGCCGGGGCCUUCGCUUCUUUUGGACGCAUGACAAGUCCGUCUUCGCGGCGGCCGUGGCGCGUCUGCCCGACGCCUGUCGUCGACACCUUCCACUUCAAGCCUUGGGCCUGUCUGCGGCUUUUCAUUCUGCUGCCGCUCUGGAGACGGCGCUGGGGACAGCGCAGGGCCGCGGGCGGCUGCUGGGCAUGCUCCGUAAGAAGCGCACUGACGACGGCGCCCUGGUGGACGAAGCCUUGAAAGCCAUCCCGGAGGAGCAUGCGGAGUGGUUUCGUGCACAGUUGGCCGCGGAACCGCGCCGGGCCCGGGCGCAAGCGGCUCGAGCACGCCAACAGGAUCAAUGGGAGCAAGCUUUGCAUGCUCGCAAGAGCAUUCGGGCAACUCCUGCGGAAGACCGACAGGAGGAAUAUGCAGGCCGGGUGGCCGAGGACCGUGCGCGCGUCCAGCGCAAGUUCUUUCCGCAGAGGCCCCGGGAAGUCAGACACACCGGUCAGCGAUGGAGCAAUCCCAUGUCGGAACAGCUGCGGGCGACCAUCGCCGAUGUGGCGGAGAACGACACCGGGCUGCCUGCGGCACAAGGCAGCGAAGCUGCAGGCAUGCUGGAGCAAUGGUGCAAGUUGGGUUCUUGGGCCGUCUGCGCCACAUGUCACAGUCUGGAGCCGCGGCAUCUGAAGGAAGUCGACUGCCGGCGUGUGGCCGCGCCCGUAGUGCAAGCUUGCCGCUGGUGCCGGGGCGGCGGCGCUGGUUCUGCAGCCUUGGUGCCCCAGCCUGCGGACGUGCCUCGGCCGCUUCGCGGCCUGUCGAGCGCUGCGCUUGCAGCUUUGCGGCCCUUGGACCUAGAUUGCGGCAACUACCAGCGCCCGCCGCAUGGCUAUCGGGUGCACACGGCCUUGGCCCGAUUGAGUUGGUGCGAAGAAGGCGUGGCCGAGAAAGUGGCCCAGCUGCCGCGGCAGGAGCGCAAGAAGGCCGAGAAGGCGCUCCGGUACCUCAUGCGCGGAGAUAGCCGCUCCGAAUACCGGCAUUUCGUGCACAAGCACAACACCUUCCUUCGCCAGAACCCGGAUGCCACAGACGCGGACUUGCGCCGACCGCUGCAGAUGCUGGAGGCCGCCCCCGGGGUGGAGUGCGCCGUGUGGCCGGACCUCUACUGGGAUUCCGACCACUGCGAGACCGUGGUCCGUGGCACGGACGUCCGCCGUCUGCAACGGCAAGGUCUCCUUGAGGACGACGGGGACGAGGAGGAUGAGGACCUCGGCCGCGGCAGUGUCCGCCGCUCCUUUCUGAAGAAGAUCCUGGGGCCGAUCCUGGACUACGCGGCCGAGUACAGCUUGAUGCACUUCAUCUUCGAUCUGACCCUCUGGAGCGACCUCGGUGCCAAGCGCCACGCUUGCCCCCAGAUGCCCAUGAGGAUCAUGCUGAAGGGCUCGACCUUCACACCCGCCUACUGGGCGCUUCGCCACUCGGCAGUCCUCGACCUCCAGCGACAGUGCGGCUUUCCGGCGCUCUUCAAAACAUGGGCUCCGUAUGAGUGGAGCGCACCAUACCAUCGAGCACUCUUACAGCAGCUGGCGACGCUUCUCCGGUCCCGCCAACACUCCGCUGGCUUGGAGACUCUGCAUUUGGCCCACAUCUUGGUCGAACUGCUUCGGGAAUGGGUGGCUGGAGGCGCCCGCAAACAGGGCGAGAGCAGCUCCCUGUGGCGACAACAUUCACAGUUGGCAACAGCUCAGGAUGGACGCCACUGCCGCAUCAACUUUGCGGCUCGCCUGGAGUUCCAGGACGGGAAGCGGAAGGAGGCUACGCAGAGCUACCACGGCCGCGGAGCGGUGCAUCUCCAUGCCAUCCUCUUUGCAGAAGACCUGGAGGCAUUGGACCUGCACGAGAAACUCUUGGCCACCGAGCCGCCUCCAGGACAUCCUCUCCGGGGCUACAUCAUGGACCAGCUGAGCUACAACGGAAGCGGCUGGCCGGUCGAGGACCGGCGUUCGCAUUGGGACCCCGACGCGGGCGUGGUGCGCCUCCAGCACACGCAAACCGACCGGGACAAGGGCGUUCGGGCCUACAACCCGCAAGAGGUCGAGGUCUUGAAGUGCCACGUGGACAACCUCAUGGCCCAGGCCAGCUCCGACAAAGGCCGCGGGUUGCUGAUGCGCUACGUGGCGACCUACGACGUGAAGUUCAGCAGCAGCUUCAGCAACGAGCUCUUGGCCGACCCGCAGGUCUCGGGUUAUGGGCUCGCCUUUCGAGUGCUUUCGACGUACCAUCCGUCGGAGCCAGAGAUGUGGCUCACGCUCUUCCCACAACUCUUUCCACAGUUCGUCCUCGGAGGCACCAUGCAACCCAUCGUUGCGCCUUGGCCUGGGAUGCCGGAGCCGCCUGGCUACGUCGCCGCCUAUGAAGAGUGCGCGUGGCGAGACGAUCGCAUGACCCUGUUGGAAUAUCUGCGGAAGGCCAACGGCCGUGGUGACAUCAUCCAGUGGAUCCAACGGGCACACGCCAAAGCGGACACCGCCCUCGACUUGGCCGACUUUGCCUGCCAGUGCCGCUGCUUCGGCGAGAAGGUCAUCGCGGCCGAGAUGGUGAGCGUGUUCAAUGACAAGUUCUUUGGACAGUGGCUCAUGCUGAACGUCCCCUUUCGCAAGGCCGAAACUUUUCUGUCAGAUGACAUCGUGAAGGGCGUCCCGGCGCGCUACCGGCACUUCGCCUGCGCCCUCCGUGCAGCGCCCGCGCAUUGGCGGGACGCGGCGGCGGUUCGGUCCGAGCUGGAGUUGGCGGCCCACAAGGACACCUACAUCCGGAACGCCUUGGCCUUGAUUCGCGCGCAGACGGGCAUCGUGGAGCGCUACUUGUCCGGCGAGUUGACCCUGGAGGACGAAGUGCCCGAUGUCGACGACCUCCUGUCCAUGGAUGUGGCGCGCCAGCCUGUGGACUUGCCUCGUCCGCCCUUCAACGCCGCGCAGCGGCGCCUCGAACAGCAGGCCUUGUGCCGCAUGGACGCCGUGCUCGCCUUUCGCUCGGCCGGCACCGCGGAGGACAUGGAGGCUGCGGCCAACGACCUGCUGGAACACAACAGCAUCCUGGUGUGCAUGGGCGCCCCCGGCACGGGCAAGACCUUCGUCGCCGACUAUCUGAUCCGCUUGGCCGUGCAGCGGGACAUGCGCGUGCUCUACGCCUUGCCCACGGGCCAGCUGGCUUGUCGGAUGCGCCAGCGCCAUCCGGGCAUCGAGGUCGACACCUGCCAUGGGGCCUUCGCAUUCUGGCGGCCACUGACGGAGACCAUCGCCUACAUGGCCGACUUCGACAUGGUGGUGAUCGACGAAGCCUUGCAACUCAGCGCCGAAGAAUUUGGACGCCUCCGUGCCAUGUUCGUGGCCGCUGGCAAGCAAGUGCUCCUGUUGUUGAUGGGCGACGACUGGCAGCUUCCAAGCAUCCACCCGGAGCGUGCCGACAGCCAUCCGCAAUGGACCUUUGGCCACAUCAUCACCUUGCGCGAGAUCAAGCGGUGCAAAUGCCCUGAGUUGCAGGCGAAGCUCGACUUCCUGCGGUGUCACAAGCCCAUGGGCGCCGAAGGCAAGCGGUUCAUCAACCGGCUCUGCUACAAGCACAAAGCGUGGACCGGCCACGAGGAACCCACGGCCCUGGACAUCGAGUCCGUGCUUGCGCAGACGGACGGCAAGACCACUUUUGUCACUUGCACCCGCAGGGGCGCCAGCAUCAUCAACGACCUUGUCGCGCAGGUGCUUUUCGCCAACCGCAACAAGCGGCCCAUCGGCACCAUCCCUGGCGACUACGGCGACCUGGCCGAGAACUACACCGACCAAGGCCGACUGCGAGAAGACCGGCCGCCGCUUCCCAACCAGGUCCUGCUAUAUGUGGGCUUGCGCGUGCUGCUGACGAGGAACCAAGACAAGCAGAACCAUUACGUCAACGGAAUGUUGGCAGAUGUGGAGGCCUUCCAUCCAGAGAGUCAAUGCCUGCAGGUAUUGACGCAGAGCGGCAAGCGUUUGGCCAUUUAUCCUUUCACGGACACCAACGUACCCAAAGGCCGUGUGGUGUAUUACCCAGUCCGUGUUGGGUACGCCGGCACCAUCCACAAGUACCAGGGGGCAGAACUGCAACACGUGACCUUGUGGUUGGAUCGCAAAUACUCGCCGGCGGCGGGCUACGUGGCGCUGUCCCGCGUGGCCCGGGACGAAGAUUACCUGAUCGGGGGCAUCGUCACGGCAGACCAUUUUAUUCCGGCCAAAUAA